UAUUUUCAUAUAUAUGGCCAAAACAGUGUGAAGCAAUUCUUCUUGCCUGCUUUAAUUUACCAGUUCAAAGUUCAAAUACACUAUCUAUUAUUUUGCCUACUAUAAAUCCAAAUGGAGAUUGUGAGGUUGAUUGUUGUUUGGAUCCUCAUUAUGCAGAUUGCUUAAAUGCCACAGCAUCUACUUCAGGAGCUUUUGGUACUUCAAUGAUCUUUUAGCAGCACCAACUAGUCUGCUUUUUGUUUUUACUAAGAGGGAGGGAAAUGGAUUACUAUAAGAAUAAACCUUCCAACUAACUAUCAUGAGAAUUAAAACAUAUUUAAACAAAGUAGAGGGAGAGAGAGAUUUAGAGACUUUUGAAAAGUAUGCCUUCAAAAGGAUUGACUUGGUUAUCAUCAAUUACCCUUAAAAACAACCAUAAUUUUUAUUGGAAUAAUGCUAUAAACUAUAUUUUUAUCAUACCAUUAUAUUACAUUGUCCUGUCGGCCCUUGCCAUAAUCACUACAAAAACGUGUCAUUACGUCAAAGAUGAUUCAAAAUUCAAUUAUCACAAUCAAAUGCAUGAAUUCAUUCUCAUUUAGUUUCGAGAAACUCAUUUGAUCCUGUGUUUCCAUUUGGGUAAUUAAAACAAGGUUAUGUCAAAUCCGGGUCAUUUAUGAACUUAACCAAGCAUUUUUAGGUGGAUCCCACAGGACACAUGUGGACGGUUAGGAUAUAGAGUGCAGUGAGGGGUAAGUGAAGCGCUCGGAGGAAAGCUCCCUUUAAACCCUUCCUUAAACCCCGCAGUUAAUCACAGGCCUUCAAAUCUCUCUCUCUCGCUAAGCUUCUCUCUUCAAUCAAAAAGCGAAGAAGCAACAAUGGAGGGUGUGGUACCUCCAGGUACUUCCACGCAAAGCGAGGUUCCGAAGCCCACCAAGGAAGAGAGAGUAGAUUACAUGAACCUUCCCUGCCCCAUACCCUACGAAGAAAUUCACCGCGAAUCUUUCAUGUCCUUAAAACCAGAACUUUUUGAGGGGAUGCGCUUUGAUUUUACCAAACUACUCAAUCCGAAUUUUGCUCUCAGUCACAGUGUGUACAUGGGACCUACAGCCAUUCCUUCACAAUCUUCUGAAACCAUAAAAAUCCCCACUGCUCAGUAUGAGUUUGGUGCUAACUUUAUAGACCCAAAGUUGAUGCUGGUUGGGAGGGUAUUGACAGAUGGUAGACUAACUACUAGAGUGAAGUGCGAUUUGACCGACAGACUUAGUAUUAAGGUUAAUGCCCAGCUCACAAAUGAGCCACACAUGUCUCAUGGUAUUGUCAACAUUGAUUACAAGGGGAAAGACUACAGGACCCAGUUUCAACUGGGCAAUGGUGCCUUAUUUGGAGCCAAUUACAUCCAGAGUGUGACCCCACAUUUAUCUUUGGGUGGGGAAGUUUUUUGGGCUGGUCAGCAUCGAAAGUCAGGUGUUGGUUACGCUGCUCGUUACGAGACUGACAAGAUGGUUGCUGCAGGACAAGUUGCUACUACUGGAAUGGUUGCUCUCAGCUAUGUUCAGAAAGUUUCUGAGAAAGUUUCUCUAGCAUCAGACUUAAUAUACAACUACAUGUCAAGAGAUGUCACAGCAAGUGCUGGCUAUGAUUACAUCCUCAGACAGUGUCGUCUUCGAGGGAAGAUAGAUUCCAACGGUUGUGCAUCUGCUUUUCUAGAAGAGCGAUUAAAUAUGGGUUUUAAGUUUAUUCUGUCCGCGGAGAUAGAUCACAUCAGGAAAGACUACAAAUUCGGGUUUGGGAUCACUGUUGGAGAAUAGAAUCGAUAGCUCCAAUGCUCUAUUCUUGCGGUUUACAUAAGUUCACACUUGCUACCAACUUGGCAAAUUUUGUAUUUUGAAUCUACAUUCAGCCAUGACUCAUGAGCCAUGUUUGUUUUUAUUCUUAGCAACUCCUAUAUGCGAAGCAUGAUGUUUUCUAAUUA